GCGUCAUCGAGAGUCACGUGACUACGCUGCUUUCGCGUAAUGGAUGCCAAAAUAUGCCUAAUGCAGUUUACGAAGCGACGAAGCAACCACGCGGCCGCUAGAAUGCAGUUACGAACAGUGCUCGCGAUCGCCUUCUUUUCGCCUCUGGCCUCCGGCUUGUGCCAGCGCCCGAAAGGACUGCCCAACGCCGGCGAGUUCUACUCGUCUAGCGUAUUCAGUAACGGGACGACGGUAGACUACGUGUGUGACCCCGGCUACGACCUCCUGGGGAUUCCUCGAAGAACGUGCCAAUCAAAUGGCACUUGGCUGCCCGCGGCGAUACCCUUCUGCGUCACCGACGUCGCCAAGGGCAAGCCCUUCCACUCUCCCACGUUGACUUCAAGCAUCGCCGAUACCAACGCAAAUCUUCCCGUCGACGACAUUGGAAAAACCAAGUGCUCCUUGUUCAAGCGCGGUAAGACCCAUUUCUGGUACAUCGACCUUACGGCAUUGUACCAGGUACAAGUUCUACGUUUCGACUUCGGCAGACAAGCUAAUGACACCAACGUGUUCGUCGUCGUGAGGGUCGGAGAGAGCGCCACGGAACCCGCAAAAAACCCAGUAUGUUCCGAAUAUUCGGGAACUCUACCUUACGACAAGUCUCUGUACCUUCCGUGCGUGAGCACGCUUCGCGGAAGCUACGUCCUCGUCCACCUACAGUCUUCAACGCCCCUGGAGCUGUCCGUUUGCGGCUUUGAAGUCUUGUCCGACGUCGCGGUUCCCGUAGCCGAGAGGGUACAGCCGACCAGGUCUUCCGCUGAUAACCGCAACGAAACUUCGGCCGAUGAUGGCUCCUUCGAUAACUACCCGCUUUCCAAGAAGGUCGCGGUGUACAUCGGCAUUACUGCAGCCGUAGCCGGCGUGGGAUCCUCGGCGCUGUGUUUGCUGGUUUUCCUAGCCCGCUGCUGCACCUGCCGUAUGCAACAGUACGACGACGUGUUCCUGGAAGAAGACGCCACGACGACGUUUCCCUCGGCGCCUUCCCCAGAAACGGAGCACGGAGGCCGGCGGAGACACCGGACGACGUCUUCCACGCUGUCGGAUGAGCCGACGUUAAUGUCCGUGGUAGCUAGACGCUCAACAAGGUACCGCGCCACUAAGAGCGAAAAAUGUACGAAAGAGGCCCAGCGCGACGAGACGCAACUGCAAGACGUUUCCGUGGCAAGCGCCGACUCGACACUGCCAGUGCCUGAACGGUCGCCUUUGACUCGCAAAGCCAUCAAUUACCACGAGUCUCGACUUUUGUGAAAUCCGUGAUGAUAAACAAACAAUCGCGGCGCUUACUUCAUUCCGAUGAACGCUGAGAAUGUCGUGGAAGCACUCUGACGAUUACUGCAUGCAUUUUUUUGUAUCUUUUGUUUCUGCCGACGAGAGGAUUUCGGUGUCUUCGCUUGCAAGAAACGCAAUCUGAUUCGCAUGCGCUCGUGCACGAGUCUAAUCGCUGCUGCCAUUCCUCUUGAGAUGUUACAAUGCAUUCGCAUACCAGCUCUUUUCAUGUGUAGCUGCACGAAAAUGUAAAUGAACCAACGUGCGAAAACAGCAGAAUAAAAAUGCUUAACAAAACACGUUGCGGGGCUAGUUGGUGAUACAUUC